UACACCUUUCCAGCCACUUUUCUUUUUAUAUAAAGAUAGGUUAUUUAAGAGAUCAACCAACUCAAACCUCACAUAUCUAGUGUGUGUAUGUGUGUGUGUUUUGUUGUGUGUGCAUAUAUAUGGAGAAAAAUGAUCAAGGGUCAGGGUGCUACUGCUACUUCCAUCCAGAUGAAGUCUUUGUAGGGGUGUGUCCCUUAUGUUUACAUGAGAGGCUUAUUGUAGUUGCAGCGAAACGAUGUCGUGGAGGUCUUCGUCUCUACGCGAGUAGCUCCUGCAAAUCGUCGAAACCGUGCAUGGUUGUGCCUAAGAUGUUUGCCAUCGAUUAUUUGAUUCAUCGCAAGACCAAGAAAAACAAACUUAAACCUAAGGCUAAAGAUGUUGAAGACGAUGAUGAUGAUGCAUCAGCCAGUCUAGACGAUUCGUUCAUAUCAAUAAGGUUUGAUGAAGAUAACACUGUGGGUGCUUGGGAGAAAGGGAAAGAUUCCAAGAGUAUAGUUGAACAUGCCAAACCACAAUGGUCCUCCCUAAGGUGGCGAAAGCGGAUUGGUCACGUUUUCCAGCUCAUUACAUCGAAAAAAUCAAACAAACUCAUAGGAAGUACCGGAAGGAUGGUAAAAGGUAGUCGAUGGAUACGAAACCUUACAAGAAGAAAGAAGACAAGCGUUUAAAGAUUCAUCAGACAUUAAAAGUAUGUUAUAAAUUGAGAGAUUUGUAUUUCAGUUAUUUGUCUAUUAAUGAAUUCAUCUGUAGCGUUUACUUGUAAUGAUAGUUAUUGUGAAAAAUAUUUUAAGAGACUUUGUGUAAUCAAGUGGUGUAACUUAUGAUAUGUCGUAUUUUUUGUGUAUAUAAAUGGUGCAUCUCUUACUUCUUUUGAGACAA